AUGUCGUUCUAUACGAGUAACAGUUUAUUCCCAACGACUGUGCCCAUACCGAAUGGGUUUCCUGUUCAGAUAGACGAGAAGCCGAAAAAUAAGAUAAUUUUCCUGGACGCUACACCAGUACGAACGCCGGUGAAACCAAUUUCUCCAAAUGCUGUGGCGCCGAUGAGAAACAAUCUCGUGGAGCCGCAUAUAUCUAACGAUAUUAUUUAUGAGAAUAUUAAGCCAGUGUUUACGGUAUUGAGAAUAAUGGGAGUGCUGCCCAUUACGAGGCCUGCUUCUUGCAUCAAUCAAUUUCAGAUAGCGUCGGCUUCGAUGUUGUAUUCCGUUCUUGUGUUCUGUUCGCUGGUCAGCUACGUGCUGUACCUGUCACUCCACAAAGUCCAGAUCCUACGCACAGCGGAGGGCAAGUUCGAGGAAGCCGUGAUUGAAUACCUGUUCACAGUGUACUUGUUCCCGAUGAUUGCAGUCCCGAUAUUGUGGUACGAAACUAGGAAGAUUGCUGACGUUCUCAACGGUUGGGUGGAAUUCGAGGUGGUAUACAAACAGCUAUCAGGCCGGACACUGCCAGUGAAAUUAUACAAGAAAGCUCUAGCGAUAGCCAUUAUCAUACCGAUCCUAUCGACUACGACAGUGAUUGUGACUCACAUCACGAUGGUGCACUUCAAACCGAUGCAGCUGGUGCCCUACGUGUUCCUAGAGAUUUUGACAUAUAUGCUCGGAGGCUACUGGUAUUUACUCUGCGAGACCCUUAGUAUUUGUGCCAAUAUCCUGGCUGAAGAUUUUCAAAGCGCCCUUCGACACAUAGGUCCAGCAGGCAGAGUAGCUGAAUACCGUGCUCUAUGGCUGCGUCUAAGCAAACUGUCCCGAGACACGGGCAUUGCAAACUGCUACACGUUCACCUUCGUCAACCUCUAUCUCUUUCUGAUUAUUACUCUCUCUAUCUACGGACUGCUCAGUCAAAUCUCUGAAGGCUUUGGUAUCAAGGACAUUGGGCUGGCCCUGACUGCAAUCUACGGCAUCUUUCUCCUGUUCUUCAUUUGCGACGAAGCUCACUACGCUUCGCACAAUGUCCGAACCAACUUUCAAAAGAAGUUACUGAUGGUGGAGUUAUCGUGGAUGAACACUGACGCCCAAACUGAAGUCAACAUGUUCCUGAGAGCCACGGAGAUGAACCCCUCACAGAUCAGUCUGGGAGGAUUCUUUAACGUCAAUCGAACUUUAUUUAAAUCAUUACUGGCUACUAUGGUGACAUACCUCGUAGUGUUGCUGCAGUUCCAAAUCAGUAUUCCUGACGAGUCACAGAGCCAAGAUGAUGAAGAGGACGCACCGCUGAACAUCACGAGUGCUACUACUGAAGCGCUGACCACCACUACCACAUUUAUGACUACGAUCCUUACCACACUCGCCAAGAAAAAGAAAAAGAAUUAA